AUGGCAACGCCAAAACCGGCACCGGACCAGCAAACUAAGAAACUUCAAGUCUACCUCACUCCGGUGCUAUUUCAAGCCAUUCUUCUGUUGCUCCUCUCCGACACCAUUGUCUUUCAGUCCAUCAUCAAGACUCUACCUGGCUUUCCCAGUGAUCUUCCAUUUGAACUUGAAACAGGUUACAUUGGUGUAGGAGAGAGAGAUGAAGUGCAGUUAUUCUACUAUUUCCUUGAAUCAGAAAGGAAUCCAAGAGAUGACCAUCUUAUACUUUGGAUGGCGGGUGGCCCUGGUUGUUCUUCUCUUUUUUCCUUCUUCUAUGAAAUCGAUCAUGUCGAGAAUUGUCUGGCGGUAGUUCUCGAUGGUGGCAAUGUUUUGAGAUGUCUCUGGACCUCUUUAAUUCAAUUUUACAUUGAACCCUUCAAAUUCCGGGGAAAGCAAACCAACAUUGGAAUUGAACCCAUACUCUUGGACAAAGCCAACAUAAUAUUUAUAGAUCAACCUGCUGGUUGUGGAUUCUCGUAUGCGAAAACAUGGGAAACUUACAACAGCAACGACACGAGAUCAGGAUCACUAACGUAUGAUUUUCUUAGAAAGUGGCUUGUGGAUCACCCCAAGUUUCUGAACAAUCCACUAUACAUCUGUGGUAUCUCCUAUAUUGGCAUUGUUGUUCCAAUCAUUGUUCAGGAGAUAUACAAUGGUAAUGAUGCUGGAAAGGAGCCAAGAAUGAAUAUUAAAGGAUACAUUCUUUUCAACCCUCUAACCGAUAAAAAUAGUGACUUUAAUUCAAGAGUCCCAUAUGCUCAUCGUAUGACACUUCUAUCAGAUGAACUCUAUGAGUCAACUAAAUCAAAUUGCCAGGGUGUGUGCAUAGCAGUAGACCCCGACAACAGAUUAUGUGCAAGUGAUCUUGAAGUAGUAAACGAGUAUGUCGAGAAAAUUUAUUUUGAUCAAAUUUUAGAUCCUAUUUGUCUUACUACAAUUUCAAAACUGAAUUUGCUGAGAACGUACAGAAGCUCUCUUGAGGAUAAUCCCAUUGAUAUCAUCACGUCGCUACCUCGACUUUCAGAACCAUGGUGUCGAAACAAUACUUAUAAAGCCGCUGCCGUUUGGGCUAAUGAUAAAGCUGUACAAAAUGCUCUUCACAUUCAUGAGUCUUCCAAAAGCGGCGAUCAUGACAUGGUGAUUCCACAUCUGGGUACAGAGAAAUGGAUACGUUCUCUAAAUCUGACCGUUGAAAAUGGUUGGGAGCCAUGGUUUGUUGAAGGUCAAGUAGCAGGAUAUACAGUCUCCUAUAUACACAACGACUACUCGUUGAGAUACGCAACUGCAAAGGGAGCGGAUCAUACAGGUCCAGAGCACAAACCUAAAGAAUAUCUAGCCAUGGUUGAUCGGUG